CCCUGGGGCAGGAGCCAUGGCAGGGGAUGGGGAGCUCAACCGUGUCAUCAAGGACUUGCAGAAGACCGUCGCCGAGCUGAACCGGAGCUACCGGGAGAAGGACAUGCCGGUGACGGACGGGAGCCGCGAGCUGCACAGCCUCUGCGCCCAGCUGGAGUUCCUCCUGCAGUUCGACCUCAAGGAGAAGAGGAACUUCUUUGGGCAGCGGAAAGACUAUUGGGAUUUCCUGUGCCAGGGCCUGGCGCGCUGCAGGCAGGAACACGAGGGUGUUCGCUUCGUCACCUCGCUGGACAAGGCACGGGCUUGA